AAGUACGCUUUCGCACCAAGAAAGCCGAAAUUCCGUGUAUUUUCCUCUCUCUAUCUGACACCUUUGAUCAUCUGAGCUCUGACUCACCGAUUCGACUCGGCCAUGGCGGUUCAGUUCAAAUUCCGAAGCUCUGCGAAAUUCGAUUCCGUCGACCUUGAAGGUCGAGCCUCAAUCCGCGUUCGUGAUCUCAAAGCCAAAAUCAUCCGCCACAACAACCUCAACAUCUGUCAAGAUUCCGAUCUCGUCUUCUCCGACUCCAUAACCGGUCAAGAGUACACUAACGAGAAUAUUCAAAUUCCGUGCGGCUCGUCCGUGAUUAUCAAGAGAGUUCCUGCAGGAUCGGUACAUGUGGAUAUGCCUCACUUCAACUGCAAGGAAGCUGGGAAUCCGCCGAAUGUUGAGACAGUCGACUUUGAUGACUUUGGGGUUGACGUGUAUCCCGUUCCUGAGGCAACCUUCGUCUGUUCUGGUUUGGAUGCAGACAAGGAUGCCUGCAGUCUGGGUUAUGAACCAAAUACUGGCAUCACAAGAUGUUUGGAGCCAGCAGUAGGAGGAUGUCAGAAACUUGAAGCAAGUGGGAUUAGUGAUGCUAUUCCAGGAAGUCAUUCGCAUGGUGGUGUUGAACAAAUCUUACCACAGACAAAGUCAAGGCCUGAGGUUCAAGAAGACUUUAAUUUGAAAAAGAUGGGUUGUGAUCCCGUAGAUACAAAACAUGCUGAUAUGCCAUCAGAGAUGAAAUGCUCUCUAUGCAACUCGUUUUUCAAGGAGGCUGUGAUGAUACCCUGCUGCCAGCACAGUUUUUGUGAGAAAUGUAUACGUCAAAUGCUGCUUGAGAAGGCAAGAUGUCCUAAGUGUUUUUCAACCAAGAGCAGAAUUGAAGAUCUGCUACCAAAUAUAUCUCUUAGGCAAGCAAUGGAGCAUUUCCAAGAGUCUCAGAAUUUAAUCACUGUUCCAGAUAAUGCUUUUUGCCAAUACGCUCCAGAUGGAGAAUCGGGAAUUCAGGCAAAAGAUGUCUCUUGUGGUGGUAGUAUUUUUCAAAGGGAGUCAGAGUUGCCUCAUUCUCCUGAAACAGGGAUGGGAUCUAAUAAUUGCUUAGCAGAAUCUGCUUGUCACUCACCAUUCAAAAAUGAUGCGCCGUAUCAUUUUGGUGCAAGAAACAUGCAAAAAUUUCCCAAGUUUUCACACAAGAACAAUCAAAUCGAGGGAGACGGAUACGGUUCUACUCGUGUGGCUCCAUAUGGCUUGGCAGCUUUUGAUGAUUUCCAAGGGGAAAGCAAGCCUAUACCUGAGGAAGCUGAACCUGUAAUCAAGAAAAAGAGGCCACCUUGGGUUUAUACUGCAGGUGGUGGAAAAAGUUUUAUGGAGAGUGGGAGAAAUAGAAAGGGGGAUCGUGCCUGUUAUAUGUGUGGCUCCCCAGACCAUUUAAUAAGAGUGUGUCCAGUUGCUACCAGUCCACGCCCUAUGCUUCAUUCAGGAAAUGCAGUCUUUCCAGGAGCUAUGCCAGGUUAUGUGCCACCAUACUGGGAUGGGGCUCUGUUGCCUCAUACCCCACCCUUUAGAAAUCUAUACGGAAAUCAUGGGAUGACAGCUCUUGACACCAUGUUGAUCCCUCACGCUCCUUUUUCUGUUCAUCCAUACAUGCACACGCCAUCCAUGUAUAGAUCGAUUCCAGGCUUUGGUGGAUAUAUGGGAAUGGGAGGUGUAGCACCUCUUCCUGAAACUGGUGAAGACUGUUAUAUAAGUCGUUCAGAAUUUCUGGAUCUUGAAGGUCAAGAAAAGAGGAGUAAACUGUCAAAGGAGAAUUUUAGGAGAGAUCAAUCUUGUGAUGACGAUGAGGACUGGGGGAGGCAUCAGUAUAAUGGGAGUGCAAGAUUGCAAGAGCAUAAAUCUUUUGUAAACAGGGAAAAGAGUGUAAGCUACUCCAGUGACGGCUCUACUAAAAGAUCUCAGAGACAAGAUCGGCAUCGUAAUCAGAUAGAUGACAACAACAUUCAUUUGGUUGGUCUUCAGAAAAGUUCUCAUUUGGUGGUUGGUCAUCAGGAUGGGAAACUGUAUAAUCGCACGGAGAAAUCAAGUUCUGAAUUAGAUGAUAUGCCAAGUAGCUCCAGUUGGCACAGUGAAGAGAAACACAAGCAUUAUCAUAGAAGCUCCAGAAAGCAAAAUGAAAGAAGAGAGCAGUGUGACUGUGAUAAACACAAACACUAUCAUAGAAGCUCCAGAUAUCAAAAGGAAAGAAGAGAGCAGUGUGGUAGUGAUUCUAGUCGGAGUCAUCAUCAAAAUAUCAUAGAGAAAGAUGAUAAGAGAAAGGGAAUUCGGCAUAAUAACAAAAGGCACAAACAUCACAGUAACUCGGGAUCUGGUUUAGAACACAGUGUUUCCAGUGAUAAGAAGCUACAGAAAGGGAGCAGUCACAAUUUUAGAAAAUCUGAGCACAAUGCAAAGUCUAGUGUUGAUGAGCGCAGUCAUGACAGAUGGAAAAUGGUUAGUGGGUCAGAUGAAGAUAGUGGAGAAAAUUAUCGGUACUGUAAACAGAAAAGGGUAAAAUGAUAGAAUCAGCAAGGCUGAUUUGUGAGGUAAUUGUGUAGAUGAAGUCACGUUUCUCAACUUUGAUGUUCAGUCUGGUACUUUUGAUUUCAGUUAGAUAUUUGUAUUAGGUUCAAGUAUUAGCUAAUAUGUUCCUAAACAGUAAAAAAGUAUUACGGUAUUUGUUCUUUUUUCCUUGAAAAGCAUCUACCUAUACAAAGUAACAAAUUUAGUGCAGUCAGUUUGGACUUUUCUAGGCUACUUCUGAUCUAAUGUGAAUUCUUGGUUUUUCUUGAUACAGAUCUAAUUGACUGGUCGGCUAUUGGAAGUAUUUUUCUAUUCAUAUCUGCUAACAUCUUCACUUUUUUAGUUUGAUCCUAGUGAGGAGGGCGCUAGCAAAACAAAUUUUUGAAACAGAGCCGCAGUGGUUAAUAUAGUCAUAUGGCUGAAUGCCGUUCUCUCUUCCCGAAUCUUACUCUUUGCCAAGACAUAUUGAAGCUGGUGAAGGUAUGUUCCCUCUCAGAGAAAAUAAGAUGAAGAAACAUAAGCCAGAAAAGUGGGGGAUUGUUGGUGCAUCCCCACCAUCAGAUUUAGCUGCUUUGUGUGAAAAAUGGACCUUAAAGGUGGAUACAUGUCAUUCUUCUUCUAAAACACCAAACUGGUGCGAUAAUUUUGGUUGUUGUACCAAAACAAUGCAGCCCAGCACUACAAUUUUCACCAAGUGGCUGUUUCAAGAGAUCACGAAGCUAAAGAGAAAAUAUGCUAGUUGCAACAGAGAACAAAUCUAUCCUCGAUUAAGGGCUAUGGAUAAUAUGAAGGACACUAUUAUCCAUCCCAACCCGAUGUAUCCCACCAAUCUUGUCGGCCCAAAGUCUUCAGGUUCCUGCAACAAACCACGCAAGAGGACUUCCAUUCAUGGACUGAACUUGAGGAACCAAAACAAACUGAAACUGAAAUCCCAACUCAAAAGGGAAAAGACCUAUGCUUCUAAAAGUUUAGAGUUAACAGGCAAAUAUAAACUAGAGGAAGUCGGGGUGUAAAUGACUCUUGAGAUAAACGGGGCAUGUAUGAGUGCACAUUUGGCUUGAGUUGAGCCUAACAAAUAUAUUAAAUUUAACUUGGAUAAA